GGUGGCUGAGGCCCGUGCUGGCCGCGGACCCCCUCAUACCCUUGCCCCGGGGUGGGGAUGGGCCCUGGGCCCCGGGCCCCCGAGGACCAGGCCGCGACUAGAGCUACCCUGAGAGCCUCGGUUUCGGCGCGUCUCCCCGUCCGCAGCCCGCGGCGCUAUGGCUCACGUCGGCUCUCGCAAGCGCUCGCGGAGUCGCAGCCGGUCCCGGGGGCGAGGGUCGGAAAAGAGGAGGAAGAAGAGCAGUAAGGACGCCCCGAGGAGCUGCUCGGCGUCUAGAUCCCCAGGCCGCAAGGCCAGCACCGUCUGCUCUGGGGCGGAGGCCUCACCUUCUCCCUGCAUCACAGAGAGAAGCAAGCGCAAGGUCCGGAGGAGACCACGAUCCAGCUCCUCCUCCUCUCCUUCCAGUUCUUCCAGCUCCUCUUCUUCCUCGUCGUCCUCCUCUUCCUCCAGCCAUGGUCGGAAGAAAAAGCGGGGGAAGCACAAGGACAAGAAGAGGAAGAAGAAAAAGAAGAAAAGGAAGAAGAAACUGAAGAAGAAAGGCAAAGAGAAGGCCAAGCUGCAGCAGGCUGAGGCUCUGCCAGGCCCCUCCCUGGACCAGUGGCACAGAGCAGCCAAGGAGGAAGAGGAUGGCCCAGUCCUGACGGACGAGCAGAAGUCCCGCAUCCAGGCCAUGAAGCCCAUGACCAAGGAGGAGUGGGAUGCCCGGCAGAGCGUCAUCCGCAAGGUGGUGGACCCGGAGACAGGACGCACCAGGCUCAUUAAGGGAGACGGUGAGGUCUUAGAAGAAAUCGUAACCAAGGAACGACACAGAGAGAUCAACAAGCAAGCCACCCGAGGGGAUGGCCUGGGCUUCCAGUUGCGAGCGGGGCUGCUGCCCUGAGGGCCCCGCUGGCCAAGGCCUGUGGAUGUGUUGGUGGCUUGGUCUGGAGGCUGGCCUCAGCGUGGGCAGGAGGGAGCCCGAUGGGUGCUGUUUGCCUUUUCUGUGCACGAGCCUCUGGCCCAGCCUCCUCUCAGAUGCAGGGGGUGGAGGACAGGGUCACUGGCCUAAUCAGCUCCCUUGGCUCCCGAAAGAGUACAGCUCUCUAGAUAUUAAACGUUCCUUGGUUGCAGA